AUGGCAAUCCGUUUAUAUAAAGCAUAUACACCAGGAACGAGAAAUAGAACUGUAUCAACAUUCAGUGAAAUUUCAAAAGAUAAACCAGAAAAAUCAUUAUUAGUCAAAAAUCAUCGCAAUAAAGGUCGUAAUAAUAGGGGUAUUAUUACAUCUAGGCACAAAGGUGGAGGACAUAAAAAAAGAUAUAGAUUAAUAGAUUUUAAAAGGAAUAAGCAUAACAUAAAAGGCAAAGUUGCUAGUAUUGAAUAUGACCCCAAUCGUAACGCAAGAAUAGCUUUAUUACAUUAUGAAGAUGGUGAAAAAAGAUACAUUUUACAUCCAAAUACACUUUCAUUAGGGACAAUGGUUGUAUCUGGCAUAUCCGCACCUAUAGAAGUAGGAAAUGCGUUACCUUUAUCAGAAAUACCUUUAGGUACAGCUGUACAUAAUAUAGAGUUAAUUGCUGGAAAAGGUGGUCAAAUUGUUAGAGCUGCUGGUACAUAUGCACAAAUAGUUGCAAAAGAUGGUGAUUUUACAACACUAAAAUUACCAUCAAGUGAAGUUAGAAUUAUACGUCAAGAAUGCUAUGCAACUGUUGGGCAAGUUGGUAAUAUAGAUGCUAACAACAUAACUAUUGGUAAAGCAGGUAGGAAUAGAUGGUUAGGUAAAAAACCAACUGUUAGAGGUGUUGUUAUGAAUCCUGUUGAUCAUCCACAUGGAGGUGGAGAAGGCCGUUCUCCCAUCGGUAGACCCCACCCAGUAACACCAUGGGGAAAACCAGCGCUAGGAGCCAAAACACGAUCUAUAAAAAAAUAUAGUAAUCGUUAUAUAUUAAGACGUAGAAAAUAA